AUGUCGUCGGUCAAGCUGCAUAGCAGUAUAUUCCAUCCAACACUGCGUAAACUGCAGUGCCAGGAUGUGGCGAUUGAAGCGCACAACCUGAUGUAUCCCGUGUUUUUGGUCGACGACGAUGAAGCUGUUCAGCACAUUCCAAGCAUGCCGGGUGUUGCCCGUUACGGUCUCACCACCUUGCUGGCCCACCUGAAGCCGUUGGUCACGAAAGGUCUUCAAUCGAUCCUAGUAUUCGGAGUGGUUGACACGCUGCCGAAGGAUUCCAUCGGUACGGGUGCCGAUUGCGCCACAAAUCCGGUGAUACGCGCGUUGCCCCGACUACGUGCUGCUUUCCCCGAUCUGUUGAUUGCGUGCGACGUUUGCCUAUGCCCGUACACCGAUCACGGUCACUGUGGAGUAUUGACACCGGACGGUGUUAUCGACAACGAACCCAGCACCAAGCGCAUCGCUGAGAUUGCCCUGGCGUAUGCUAAGGCAGGUGCCCAUAUUGUGGCACCGUCCGACAUGAUGGACAAUCGCAUUUACGCGAUAAAGCAAAUGUUGCGCGCCAGCAACCUAGAUAACCGGUGUUCGGUGCUGUCGUAUUCGGUCAAGUUUGCGUCCGGCUUCUAUGGGCCGUUCCGUGAUGCGGCCAAAUCCGCACCUGCAUUUGGCGAUCGGAAAUGCUACCAACUGCCACCGGGAUCGAAAGGCAUUGCCAAACGGGCAGCGAAACGUGACGUGGAGGAAGGUGCCGACAUGCUCAUGGUAAAGCCCGGCAUGGCUUAUUUAGAUAUUGUGAAGCAAGUAAAGGACGAAUAUCCCGAACUACCGAUGUUUAUCUACCAGGUUUCCGGAGAGUAUUCGAUGCUGUUAAACGCUGGUAAAAUUGGUGCCUUUGAUUUGAAGACUGUUCUGUGGGAAGUUCUGGUAGGUAUGCGCCGUGCCGGUGCGGACUGUAUAAUAUCCUACUUUACACCACUCGUCCUCGACUGGUUGAAGGAAUAA